UGUUCGUCUCGUUUUUGAGGUUUGCGAUGUUUUUUCAACCACCAGACGAUAAAGACAAACAGCCACAAUCACAACCAACAAAAUCUCGGAAACGCUCCCGACGGAAGGGAAAACGGAAAGCGUCAUUAGCGAAUAACUUAAAGAAUUUCAAGAAGAAAAACGGGUUUGUAGAUACGAUGUCUGCUUGGGCUGAGAGCUUCACGGUUGCAGCCACUUGGCAGUUGAAACACCAGUUGGCCUAUUGGAAAGCACGAGCUAAGUCUUUGGAAUACGAGAAUAACGUACUGCACGAUGUUAUUCGGAAAAAUUGUUUUAAAUCUUUCCCUACAACGUGUGAAACUGAUCAAGCAGAAGCCCAUGUACAAUACGGAUCAAGCCAGCAAAAUCAUGAGAAUUUAUCAGUAUCACCAGAAAGCGAGGAAGAAUUGGAAUCAAAUGACGACAAUAUGACUCUAGAAGAAAAUAGUGAAGAUGAAGAAUUGGAAGUUAGUGAAGAAUGGAUUGAAUUUUUAAAACAGAAUGCUAAAUAUAAAGAAGAAGCAAGACUCGAAAGAGAGCGUUUGAAGGCCAAAAUGGCGGAGAUUUCCGUCACUGAUCAACUAGAAGCUGGCCCAUCGGGCCCUCCAAAAAAUAAAACUGAAGAACUACAAGAGUUAUAUGGGGAAAAAUGGAAAAGGAUAGCAGCCAUAGAAAUGUCGGUACAGUCGCAAUUUAUAAGUAAUAGUGAUAGGAGUAAACCUAUGUACUGGCCCAAUAUACCUUUUAAUUUUAGCUAGAAUUAGGUUUGCUCCCCAAGGAGAUUGUCGUGGAGAUCCUUGGGGGAGGCCUAUGCCCAGCAGUGGGCAUUGUACGGCUGAUGAUGAUGAGGUUUGCUCCCGGAAAAAUCAUCUUUAAGCUCAAAUAUUAUAGUAACAUAAGCAGUCUACAUAAGUCCUACUGCUGGGGAAAGGUCUCCUCAACCAACCAGAGGGUGUAUAUAUUGAACUGCCUUAUCCCUCAUGUAGUGGUUAUUCUGGCUGAUAUAGUUAUUAAUUGUGCUCUUUAAAUGUUUGUAUGUAAGUUUGUAUAAAUGUUAAUAGCCUUAAUGCCAAUUAUAACUUUUAAGAAUUAUAUAUAAAUAGAACAACAACAAUACAAUUCAAGCUAAACAAACGGACACAUAUUCUAGCAGGGUUUCCACAACUACCAGCUAAGUUUGACAACUCCAUACCUAACAUGUUUCUGUAAUGAAUUCUAGAUAGUGAAUGUAAUGUAACCAUUUAUUUUUAGCUAGGUUAUUAAUAUUACAACAAAGGAAGUUCAUUAGUUAAAUUAAUUAGUGUUUUUAUAAAAUUACAAUACUUAUUGUACAUUUUCUUAAUAAAAAAAGUAAUAUUUUUUUUGGUUAAAAA